AAACCAGUGCUUCUGGAGGAUGUUGCAGCCACUGAAGCAUUUAUCAGUGCUGCUGAGGUGGUGGUUGUUGGAUUCUUUAAGGAUUCGGAGCGACCAGAAGUUACAGAAUUCCUCAUCAUGGUACAAAAUAUGCCAGAAGUGCCAUUUGGGAUCUCAAACAGCUCUAAAGUGCUUUCUUAUUAUAAUGUCACAAGAAACACCAUCUCACUCUUCCGUGUGGUAGAUAACAAAAGGCAAGAUUUGGAAAUUGGAGAUGCUGAAGGACUUGAUGCCAACAAGCUGAGUCGCUUUAUCCGGGUCAAUGAACUCCGUUGGGUGACCAAGUACAAUCCUAUGACUGCAAUUGGCCUCUUUGAGAGUGCCAUUGAGAUCCACCUUCUCUUGUUCACUAACAAGUCAUCUCCAAUGCAUGCAGAGAGGAUGGACAAGUACCGUGAAGCUGCCAUGCUCUUUCAAGGGAAGAUACUUUUUAUCUUGGUGGAUAUCCUUGCAAAGGGCAAUGAACGGGUUAUGUCUUAUUUCCACUUGAAGAAGUCCCAGCUGCCUGCAGUGGCAGCGUACCAUACUCCAGAUGAGGAGCAUGAUGUGCUGCCCCUGGAUGACAUCUCGGUGGAGAUUAUAAAGGAUUUCUGCAAUGGCUUCUUACAGAGACUGCAAGAGAAAAAAACCCUUAAAUCAGAGGAUAAGCACUUCAAAGAAGAACUGUGACUCCAUUCUAAGUCAACAACAACAACAGCAUGAGUCUGCUGCAGUACUAUAGUUACUCUUGUUUUUGGUUGGAAAACAAUCAAUUACAAUUCAAUAGCCUGGUGAUCUUGACAACCCAGAAACAUGGCAGGCUAUGCCAAUUGAGUGGAGUACUGAUUUAUAUAUGCCAUAAAUCUUUCUGUUUAAAAUCCCAUUUUACCACUUAUGUCUUUUUGGCUUUGUUCUUUAUUCAUUAGAACUCUGGACUCCCUUGGAAAUGGUUUAUUCAUUCAUUAUUUUCUUUUUUGGGCUGAAUUUAUGUCCCACCUUUCUCUCAAGAUGGGAAACAACGGAGUGCAGGCCAGUAGGGGGUAUGGUGGUAGUCUUAUUGGACUGCUUGCUAGGUAUUUGGAAAUUGAAAUCCUCCCCCACCCUA